CAGUGGAAAGCGGGAGCAGUUCCCGUCGAUGCCCUCUGCUCGAUCGAUACUUACCUUUGCCGUUGGAGUCGACACAGAUGCAGAGAAGAUGCGGAUCGGAGGGCAGGGUGGUGGGUGUAGUUUGAUCGUCUAGAGAAGCCGCGGUCGGUUGUGAAUGGUAUCCGUCGUCAAGUGGCCUGGAAAAUGGACUAGAAUGGUGUGUCUCAAUCUCUGAUCUCAUGCGCCAGCCCAACCACUCGACUUGCAUUUCAAUGAAGGCUGAGCGAUCUGCAGUAGUGUUCAUUACCGCGAGAAUCAGUGGACGAAGGUGUUGAUCACACGUGAAUUUGCCAGCGGAUGAGCGUCUGGCCGGGCUGCUGAGCGAAGGUGACACGUGCUUGGCCUCAGAUGCCGUGGAUGAGGACUCGUUGGCACUAUGUAGAGGACGGAACAUAGCCAUGUUGUCCUCGCCUGGGGUCGCCGAAGUGCCGGUGGAGGCAACAGCGUUCCUCGGGGCGGUGGCAGCCUUCGUUGUGUUUCUCUUCGUGCUGUUUCUUUACCUGAAUAAGAAACUUUGCUUCUACACUGUGGGCGGUUUUCCUUGUUGCGACGACCCGCUCACCAAGACCGAUAAGCUCAAGGAACUCGGCGCGGCUUACAACUAUGGUGAGGGCGAGAGUUCCAGUGACUCGGAGGAGGAAGUGAACAGCCGACUCUCCACCUCGAAAAGCUUCCCCUCGGCCCUGCGAGACAACUACUACCACUCCAACCACGCGCCCAACCACAAUCAUGCCACCCAUCACAACCACACCCACCAUAACCAUGCCAACCACGCGCCCGCCUACCACACCUACGGCCACCACUACGGGCACCACAAUUACCACCAGCUGGGCCCCACCAGGUCCUCCCUGCAGUAUUCAGCGGCGGAGGAACCUGGGCAGCAGAGCAAGACGCGGGACUCAGGCCGCGCCGACGCCUGCCCCUGCGACACGACCAGCGACCUCAUCUCUCUCGCGGAGAAGGGCCGAGCGGGCGUGGCUGGGGAAGAGGAGCCAGUAGGCGUAGGCGUGGUUGUGUCCUCUUCGUCAGCCUCGUCCUCCGGAUCGACGACCAGCGGAGACGAUGACCUCCUGACGCAUAGGACGCUGAGACACCGCGACCCCCGCGCCUACCGGCAGAUGUCCCCCAACCGGUCUCCUUACGACGGCACUUACCACCAGGAAUGCCAUGAGGACGGCACGGUAGGAGAGGCGCUCCUGGUACGCUGCGGAUCUAUCGAAGCAGGAUUUGCCUACGACCUUCCCACCAAGACACUAACGGUCCACAUACUACAAGCGAAGGAUGUGCCGAGCAAGGAGCGAGGGGGAGCUGCCAACACUCAGGUGCGGAUACUGCUCUUGCCAGGCCGUAAACAAAAGCACAAGACUCGAAUUCGACCCGGGGAAAACCCGCAAUUCAACGAAGCCUUCGUGUUCACCAAAGUCAACCCAGAGGACGUGCAACAGCUAGGAGUCCGGCUGCGACUCUACGGAUGUGAACGAAUGCGACGCGAAAAGAUGGUCGGGGAAGUGAUCGUUCCUUUUGCCAACAUCAACCUCACGCUCGGCAACACAUUUUGGUUCACCCUCGAACCUCGGGCAAACCUCGCUCGCUCCGACAGCAGAACGGAGGUGUGCAGCCUAACGAGGAGCGACUCCACAGGCUCCACCCACUCGGUCCACAGCGGCGUUCCUGAGCUCCUUGUGGGACUCACCUACAACGGCACGACGGGAAGGCUGGCGGUCGAGGUCAUUAAAGGAUCGCAUUUCAGGCACGGUGAUGAUUUCAGGAACAUGGCGAACACCCGAGCUCCAGACACGUACGUGAAGCUGGUGCUCAUGUCAUCCAGCGGUCAGGAGAUCGCCCACAGCAAGACGUCGGUGCGGCGGGGGCAGCCGAACCCGUUGUUCAAGGAGACAUUCAUGUUUCAGGUGGCACUGUUCCAGCUACCUGACGUAACGCUCAUGGUGUCUGUGUACACCAAGAGGAGUAUGAAGAGGAAGGACAUGAUUGGCUGGUUCGCUCUGGGCCUCAACAGCUCGGGAGAAGAGGAACUAGCUCACUGGAACCAAAUGCGAGACUCGAAAGGAGAGCAAGUCUGUCGCUGGCACGUUCUUAUCGAAUCCUAAGACACUCUCUCUCGACAGAGAUUCCCCUGCCUUUUAGCUUCGACUGUAUGAGGAGGGAGCUUCCUCCUUGAAGGCGUCAUCAUUUAACUUGGAUACGCCUGGAGGUUUUCACUGAAAUAUGCUGAAGAGUUUUUGAGUCUACCUUUCUCUAGGCCGUGCAAAAGGGGCGCUAAAUUAUUUAAUGCACUGUUCACCUCCCUCCCUCUUCGGAGGGAAGGCCUACUUUGGUUUCGGCCGUACCUUGAGUCUUUCCCUUGUUCUUUGUCACAUUUUGGGUCUCAGGUUCUCCCUGACUCUUGGCCUCUUGAGUCUGGGUUCACAUUCAACCAUACAUCCCAUUGCUAGGGUUGUCGACCUUGCAAUUGGAAUGUGUUAACGCAUCAUCUCCAGAGUUAAACAUAGCAUUGCAAUCUGCCUCACAAUGUCAUUAGCUUGUAUUGAUUUGGUUACUGUUUCCAGCCCUUUCUUGAAGAGUAUAUAGUGGUUCAAAAGAACAAUAAAUAGAUAUCAUCUUGAGACAUGUGAUAUUUUGUCUUGAGUGUGAAAUCUUUAUAUAAAAUUAUUCGUAAUAAUGGUUAAAAAGAUACCUGGUACAUUCCAAAAACAAUGGCUUUAAUCUGUGAUUUCUCAGAGUAUAUAUAUAAUAUUUAUUGAUCAAAAAUACUGUAGACACUAUGAAGACGGAGCUGGUCUCCCACACUGUAUCGUCCCUGUACUGUACCUUGUCGUUACUCUUUAUAUUCACAAUCCCUCCCUGCUUAGCUAGAAAUACGAACUCUGACGUCACAACGAGCAUAAGAAAACGUGAUUGGCUGCUUCAAGUGGAGGCUCGUGUCCACUCACUCACGAUCGAACGCUUCUGUGCUGAUUUCAGAAACGGCAAAUAUUACUCGCAUUUCACACUAAUACAAAAUAUUGCCAAACUGCAAAUCCUCUUUGAAACCAAUGCCUUUUGGGGGAAAAUGCAUGUAGAAUCUUUAGUACAUCUUUUUCUUUUUCAUCUCCAUGGUCCUUCCUGUGGGUUAGUUUAUCUUCACAUUUCUGUUUCGGAGCAGUUCACUUGGCUUGGUUCACACGUGUUAGGUUUAUGUCUUCCUGGUUAAGAGAUGUAGGUCUUUAACUUUGAGAACUAUAUUAUCAUGUUUCAAGGAUUCAUCCAGCAUGUAACUUAGAAACUUUUAUAUGUAAGGUGGAUGUUUUUGUAUAUUUAUUUGUUCCAGAACCAAAAAAAUCAGCAGCAGCAGCAACGUAUGUGUAUAACUUUUUUAAUCCAUCUCGCAGACAGAUCAGUAUAGGUGACAUAGUUUGUAAAAGUGUCUCCAUGUGUUCCAGGAGUGAAGCACAAGAACAAAAGAAAAAAGUUACUGGUUGUAGUACUCUUUAGUCUGUUAAUCAGUGUCGAAUUCGACUCUGUAAUAAAAGAAUAAAUGAUUUCGCGAGAAAUACUGAAUUUCGACAUUAGCUAUAGAGAGGUAAAGAGUUUUGAACUAUUGUAUGCAUUGUGUUUUAACCCCCUUGAAUAUAUUACACCCUGUAAACCUCCCUGCAAGAGUCGAUAGAUGACAGAAAUCUCCCACUGCUUAAAAUCACGUAUCACUGCAUUCUUAAUGUCACACACAUAUUGUGCAACAUUUUGGCCCAUUGCGAUAUAUCUCAAGAGACUUGGCUGCACCUGUAUAACAAUAUUAUAGCACCAAAAUAAUGACAAUCAGAUAUUUACAGCAACUUUUCCAAAUUUACCAAUCGGGAUAGCAGUUUUCCUGAACAUGUUUUAAACUCGUUGGUUUGAAGGAGAAAAAAAUAUAAAUAUGUAAAUAUUAGUAUACUUGGACCCCUCUGGAGGUACCUUAAGCAUAUUCUGUAAGACGAGGAAGACGCCUCAGAAAACUAAGAUCCUUAAUAAGAGUCCAACCGCGAUUUUUAUCCUUUUCAAAUGAAAAAAAAGACAGAAAGAAAGAUGAAAUAGCUAAAAAUAUGCGAAAAUUAUUGCUAAUCAUGGUCUUCAACAUUGCAAGUGAAAUCGCUGUUGUCUUGUGAAGGAUCCAUUUCCAUGGGCUUCUGCAAGGCGUGUGUAAUCACGUGAUGGCGUGGAGUGAGGAGUGAGAGUGAAGCCUUUGGUUUGGCGAGUGAAUGACCCAGCUCCUUGUAAGUGGGUAGCAUGUAUAAGGAUGUUUAGUCAUUUGUGAGAGCCUGGGUGCUUACGAUGAUAUACCGUGGCUAUAAGAUGAUGUUGCUCAUUGGCGAUGACCUUGAGAACAACUUGGGCAUUCAUAUUCAAAAAGAUUGAUUUUCGAAGGUGAUGUUAUCAGAAAUAAAAGUGAAGUUUUCACAAUUGAAACAAAGGCAGCCAAUCUCUCCUCUCUCGCACAGCUUCUAAAGCAUUUCCUUGUGCUUGUUACUUUUAAAGUAAACAUUUUCUAGUGUUACAUUAUUUUUGUACUGACAUUUCCAUAUAAGUCUGUACAUACGUCUACUCUUUGUCUUUUUGCAACACAUCAAGUUACGUGUUUCAGGUUCUAGUCUUCGAGGUUU